CUUGUUAAUGAUUUUAAAAUUUCUCCAGGCACUCCGAUCAAGCUCAAUGAGACCAAUUUUGACUUUAGCGCUUUCUCGUCACCCUCCAUCCCUCUUGAGCUCAUGGUUUCUCCGCUCACGUCGUCUAACAAGAAAUCCAGAAGAUCCAGUGGAAUCAGUCGACUGACUGAGGGGAACCAAACUCCUAAGGCAGAUUACACCAACGUUGUUGGAGUCAGGAACUUGAUGGCCACACCUAAGAUUCACAAAUCACCCAAAGCUGAUUACACAAACGUCAAAGGUCUGAAAAAGAUCAUGGCCACACCCAGGGUUCGUAAGUCCCCAAAAGCUGAUUACACGAACGUGAAGGGUAUAAAGAAAAUGAUGGCCACCCCCAAAGUUCAAAAAUCACCAAAAGCUGAUUACACAAAUGUGAAAGGAGUAAAGAAAAUGAUGGCCACCCCUAAAGUUCAAAAAUCACCAAAAGCUGAUUACACGAAUGUGAAAGGACUAAAGAAAAUGAUGGCCACCCCUAAAGUUCAAAAAUCACCGAAAGCUGAUUACACAAAUGUAAAAGGAGUCAAGAAAAUGAUGGCAACUCCCAAAGUACAAAAUUCUCCUAUCGCAAAUUAUACUGAUGUUCGCGGUGUGAAGAAAAUGAUGGCGACACCUAAGACCCAACGAACCCCCUUGGCAGAUUACACCAAUGUUACUGGUAUGAAGAAGCUGUUGUCCACUCCGACUCCUUUCAAUUCUCCCUUAGCGAAUUAUGCUGAUGUAUCUGGUAUGCAAGAUCUCCUCUCCACGCCUCAAACUAAUCUAUCCCCUAAGGUCUCUGCAUCUAGUAUUAAAAGAAAAGCUGAAACUUUUGAGAACUCUUCCAGUAAGAGAAGUAGGGUUGAAAUUACUACAGAGAUUACUGGAGCUGUUAGAGAUACACUGAGCACAAGCAUGGGUUCAGCCAGAGGUCAGGGUGGGAGAGGGAGAAUAGGUUCCAGUAGUAGAAGUCCAUCUAAAACUUCAAGAGGAUCUAGUGAUACUAAGGAUAUUGAGAUCCCUAAGUUUAAUCUUGAAGACCCUGUCUCCUCCACAGUACAGGAUCUUCCUGCUCCCGAGGAAGCCAAGUCUGCAAGGGGUCGCGGUAGAGCAGCCGGAAAUAUCAUCAAUGAGGAAACUAUUGAGAUUGUAGCCCCAAGACGUGGUUCAGGAAAUGUUGAUGCUAAACUGAAGAAAGGACGAACAUUUACAGCAACUAUUGAGACUCCUCAAUCUACGCCUAUUGAAGAGCCUUUAGCCAACGACGGAAGUCCAGCGUUGAAGAUGAAAACUGCUUCUCUGAAGAGAGGACAGCAAUCUAAAAUCUUACCUAAACCUGAGGUGGAAUCUGAAGAAGCUACAGCUGCAUCACCAGUCAAGGGUAGGAGAGGAAUAGGAGCAAAAACAACGCAACAAACUGCUCCUGAACUUACUCCCGUUAAGGGAAGAAGAGGAAGAGCUGCUAAAGCUGAAGUUACUCUGGAGGCAGCUGCUGAACCUUCUCCUGUCAAGGGAAGAAGAGGCAGAGCAGCUAAAGCUGAAGUUACUGUUGAAGCCGCUCCUGAAUCUACUCCUGUGAAAGCUAGAAAGGGUGGUAGAGCAGCUAAAGCUGAAGUUACUGUUGAAACCGCUCCAGAACCUAUUCCUGUGAAGGCAAGAAAAGGUAGAGCAGCUAAAGCUGACGUUACUAUUGAAGCUGCUUCUGAACCUACCCCUGUGAAGGCAAGAAAAGGUAGAGCAGCUAAAGCUGAAGUUUCUGUUGAAGCCGCUCCUGAACCUACUCCUGUGAAGGCAAGAAAAGGUAGAGCUGCUAAAGCUGAAGUUACUGUUGAAGCCGCUCCUGAACCUACUCCUGUGAAAGCUAAAAAAGGUAGAGCAGCUAAAGCUGACGUUCCGGUAAAGGCCGCCUCUGAAUCUACCCCUGUAAAGGCAAGAAGAGGUAGAGUAGCUAAAGCUGAAGUUACGGUUGAAGCUGCUCCUGAGCCUACUCCUGUAAAGGCAGAAAGUUCUGCUGAGGCUGGAGUGACUCUUGAAAUGUCUGCUGAACCAGCUCCUACUAAGGGACGACGAGGGAGAGCUCUGAAACCUGAGGCUAAUCUUGACGUUGAGGCUGAACCUACCCCUGUCAAGGGAAGAAGGGGUAGAAACAUGAAUUCAUCUGCAGACUAUGCGAAACCAACUCCUAAAGGAAAGAAGAAGGUUUAUGAUGUAACUGAGUCUACUCCUAUCGUCAAGUCUAAGAAGGGUAGAACUGAUAAGCCCGAUAUAUCUGUGGUGGAACCUACAAUAAGAACACCAGUAUCUUCUGCCAAGAAAGGUCGAGCUGCUAGUAAAGCUGCUACUGCUAAGAUUGCGAACAAUGUUGCUGAAUUAGCAAACUUAAACAAGAAGAAGAGAAGACCUAGUACACCUAAACCUCUAGAGACAAGUGAGACUAGUUCACGUGGAACUAAGCGAAAAGCUGCCUCCUCCUCUGUAGCAGGUUCAUCCCCACCCAAGCGAGCGACUAGGGCCAGGAGAUAAAUAUAUUUAUAUAUAUAAUUACCGUAUCGUCAUAGUUUCUCUUUUAGUCUGUAAAUGUUAAAAAUUUAUCGGUGUGCUUUUCAUCGAACUUUUUAAUUCUACAGAAAUAUAUUUUGUUUUAUCUUUGGAAACUUGGAAACCAUGUUUCUUGUUCUAAUAUUUUUUUAGAAAUGUCAUAAAAUAUAAACAAAAAAUUAAAUCCUAGUAUUAUGUUAUAAUUCGUU